ACAAAAUUACUGGCACAAUAUCUCCGCCAACGGAAUUGUCCAUUUUUAUUUUUUCUUUUCCCUAAAGAAAUGCAAGAUUUUUCCAAUUUUGUAGCUACUAUAUCUUAAUAUAUCUACGUACAAAAAUUACUUGAUCACUUUAAACACUGUGGCACUAAUGGUAAUUCUGCUCUAAUUCAUAUUUGCUCUGCAGACUUUGACGUUUUUCUUUUUCUGGUAACGUACGUGCAUCGCAUCGUCUUAGAUUCUGGAAAGUGAAGAUGUGGGAUUUAGAAAUAACACUGGGAUCGAUAAAUAUUGAUGGGCAUGCUACUCCAAGCAGAAUAUUGAACUGGUUGUCAUCUAUUUUUGCUGGUAUUUUGAUGUGCAAAAUUGUUUAUGACUUAACAGGUACGAUAAGCACUUCGUUCUUCAAGGGAUAUAGCAAACUUAAUCGUAAUGAGAGGCUUGACUGGAAAAACAGGGGGUUCUCCACGUUCCAUGCCAUCCUUGUUGCAGCUGGUUCUCUGUAUCUCUUACUUGGGUCACGUGUUUUUGAUGGUGCUCAUGACUUUAAUAUAAACAUGACAUCAACUUUAUCGGACACCAUAAUGGGGGUUUCCAUCGGCUACUUUAUCUCGGAUUCAGCAAUACUUCUUUAUCACUUUCCUGUUUUAGGUGGUCUGGAGUUUGUCUUACACCAUGGACUCUCUUUGUAUUCAAUCAUUCUAUCACUUCUGAGCGGUCGAGCACAAAUCUAUAUUCUGAUGGUUCUCUUUUCUGAAUGCACAACUCCUUUUGUCAACCUAAGAUGGUAUCUUGAUGUUGCUGGCCAGAAGAAUUCCAAGCUUUACAUCUUCAAUGGCGUGGCUUUGUUCUUUGGGUGGUUGGUUGCAAGGGUUCUUCUAUUUGUGUUCCUUUUCUACCACAUGUUUAUCCAUUUUGAUCAGGUCAAGAAAGUGUUUCCAUUGGGCUUUUACAGCUUGCUUACAGUAGCUCCUCUGUUGGCAUUAAUGAACGUGUUCUGGUUUUGGAAAAUCGCCAAUGGUUUGGUAAAAACCUUGAACAAGGCUAAACACAGUCAGUAGAAUUCUCUUUCUAGCUUAUGAAUAUACAUCUAUGUGUUUGACUAGCGCAAAUGUAGUUUUAUUCUUUUCGCUAUUAUGAGCCUCAACGUACAAGGAUAUAGCUUAGAGUGUGUAAAACUAGUGCAGGGAUAACAAAUAUUUUAGCAUGCAUUGUCGAAAUUUUUUAGAGAAACCGUAUCGUGUAACUGAAAAGUUUGUUGCAGCUUCAUGUAAAUUGAUACUUUGAAAUGCCAGAAAUUCAGAUUAAGAUUGUUGGG